CGGACGGGACGGGACGGGACGGGACGGGACAGCGACCACCAUGCGGAGCCUCCUGGACCCCAACGCCCUCCUGCUGCUCUGCUGCGGCUUUCAUCUCGUUCAAGCCAUGCCGAAUUCCACGGUGAUGCCUCCGUGUAAUUCCAGUGAACCGGCCAACAACUGCACUACGUCUUUAGCCCCAACAGACAGCCCAAGGGUGGCUCAAGUGGUGAGAACCAGCUGCAUGGCGGAUAUGCAAGGCUACUGUUUCCACGGAGAGUGCAUUUUUUUGGUGGAUAUGAACGAAAGCUCCUGCCAGUGUGAACUGGGCUACACGGGGAAACGCUGUGAACACGCGACCCUCACUGUCCAGCAGCCCCUAGGCAAGGAGUACCUGGCCCUGACCAUUCUCCUCAUCCUCUUCUUCCUGGCCUCCAUCGCCGGAGCCUUGUAUUACUUCUGCAGAUGGUAUCAAAACCGAAAAGUCAAGAAACCAAGCAAACAUUACAAACAAGUGACCACAAGGGACAAUCAGAACCCAGCAUUGAUCCAAGUAUGAACAGCACCACAGAGGAAAAAGGCGAGGCCACCGGGAGCCUUCUUAUUUAAUAUUAAUGUUCUUAUCUUAAUAAUAUUUAUGUCCAGAGCCAAACAACUCAGGUCAACCAAACGUUGUUUUUUUAAGAUGCCCUGGGAAGAGGAUUGUUUUAUUUUCAUUUAUUUUGUUACUGUUUUGUAUUUGUCGGAAUCACUAUUUUGUAAAGUGCACAAAAUGAUAUUUCAUAUAUAAAGACCACUUUUUUUUUUCCAGUGAGAUAGGCAGUUUCUUAAGCAAGAGGCUUCUUAAAUAGCAGGACAGAUUGUGAGCCCACCCGGCAGGGAUUGAACUGUUUUCUCUGUCUAGUUCCAAGUCUUGGGGCUUCCGAUACGUUCACAGGUGAUCACGUGUUUGACUGUCAUGUGUUGUCUAAUCCCAUGUUAUUUAUGCAGUAACUGCACCUAGGGGGUGGGAGGGAAUCGAGUAUCAGGAGAUGGAGUCAACUGGGACAUUGGAAAAUCUGCUGUGCUACCCACCCCAGGACUCAGCUGCUUCAGAUUUGAAAUCCAAAUGGACCAGACCCCUGCUGCGGAGCGGCCCUGCUGAAUAAAUCCAUCCUCUCCCAGAAGGAACUUUACGUUAUUCACUUCAACCUUUCACCCUCUUUUUAAAGCUCGCGGUAUUUCCGUCACCAGCCGGUUCUCAGUGGCCCGUGAAGGUGGCGGAAGAUCAGUCGAUUGAACCUUGCUGCGAUAUCAAGAACACUGAUAACGAGAGGCCAGAUUCUAAAGUUCUUUUUCUGGAAAAGCAGAACUCUGACAUACCUGUAGCUAGGGCUUAGGUGAUUGAACCCGGUUUAAACUCCUCGUUGAACUGUCACAGUAUCUCUUAAGAGGGCAGUCAGGGUUGACUGCGGAGAGGGUUUAUCUUUUGAAGAAGAAGAAGAAGAAGAAGGGGGAUGGUCAACGGCUGUGGGACUGGCUCAUCAGGCUCCGGAUCCUGACUUCGUUUUUCUCGCCUGCGAGAGAAGACCGUUGCGCUGCUUGGUCCAGUAGUUAGCGAGUCUGGGGACCGAGGAAUGUAUAUUUAUGUUAAUUUUGGCUCAUCCUUCAUUUUCCCAAUCCACUGGGGCAAACCCUGGCCCUCAGAACCUGGCCUGCCAAACCUCGAUGGGGAACAAGGGAAUGGAGAUGGCCAGAAUUCGUCUGAACCCUAGUUUGAUCUUGGUGAAGACUGACUGCUCCACACUACCCGAGACGGCUUGCAUUUGUAAAGAAACAGUCUUCGUGGAGUCUCCGGAUCCUAAAGGGGAAGGCAUUUUACAAAAUUCAAUUAGUUUGAACCCUGUCGAAAGGGAAAAAAAACCAGUCAUUUUCCCAACUCUUGGUCCCGUUGAAGAUUAAUGUUCUUUUCUACCCACAGUUGUUGGGGGGUAGAACCACUUAAUCAUUAUUUGGUGGCUUUUCUUUGGAGCUUCAGCAGUUGAAAUCGGACCUUAAUGAAGUAUGGGAACCAGGAGGAAUUUCAAAAGUGAGGCCAGAGUUGCCGAGUCCUCUGUUCGAAAGGACUAUUUUUAACCCACUUAAAUCGUUAUUUGGUGGGUUUUUUUUUGGAGCUUCAGAAGUUAAAGUUGGACCUUAAUGAAGUGUGGGAACCAGGAGAGAUUUCUAAAUUGAAGCCAUGUUGUUGAGCCCUCUGUUCAAAAAGAACAGUUCUAACCCACAGAGGGUAUCACUGUGAAAUCCACCUGAUGAUUAUUACUCUUAUUAUUAUCAUAGUGGCCAAUUGAAGAGGGGUUUUCCUUUCCUGAAAAGGUUCAAUUCUCCCCUCUGGUGUGCCCCAAGAGCUCCUCGUGAACAGCACCCAUAGCCAAUGGAUAGCAGCGAGGCGUAGAGGAUAGAUUAUUGGUCUAGGAGUCAGAAAGUCACGAGUUCUAAUUCUGGCUCCGGAUUAGAAUCCUGAACCAUUCACGUUCUUCCCAAAGGUCCCCUUGUGUCAAAAGCUUUUCUCCUAUUCUGCAGGAAGAGUUGGGGUAGCCGGAUUUCUCCUUAUUCUCUUCCCUUUCCUUGAAUUCUACUAUUGCACUUUGUAAAAAAAAAUUCUGUAAGGCAUUCAGGAUACAGAUUGUAUUGAAGAUGCUAUGGAACAUAAGUUGUAUUGUAUGCAAUUUGAAGUUAUCUAUGAUAUAAUAGAUUUUAAGAAACUACUGAAUUGUAUCAAUUUGUUUAUGUUCUCAGUAUCAGCUUUCAUAGCAGGGUAACUUAAGAUAUCGACGGGGACGAUGAAGACUUUGCAAAAUGCUGUUUGUUUUUAUUUAUAUUGGGGGACCAAAAAAAACUGUAUUGUCAAACAAGAAAUCUGCAUUAAACACUUUGCGUAUAAAACCUC